ACCCAAGCGGAAGAGGUCGGAAAAAUUAGAGUCCAAUUAGGGUGACUCGAUUACCGCUGUGUGGCUGUGUGGAACGAACGUUGACACCGUAGUCUGGUUUGGUGUUCGAGUCGAGCGACGAGCAGAAAACACGGGAAGUGAAACUCCCAUGUUCGGUUUCCGAAAGUUCAACGGCUGACAAAAAAAACAUCGAUUUCAUCGUCCUGCUGAUGCCGGCUGUCCGGGAUCGAUUCGAAGUUAGACGAGCCGGAAAAGUUUUAUCCCGCUGCUGUUGGAACGGACUGGACUCCCGCACCGAAAAAUAGAUCAUUUCCUCACACGCGUUCAGCGCAGCACGCAAGACCGCACCACGUUUGCUCAAAGUCUAACCCGACCGGCACGGUACCCCAACCCCGGCCACCAGGAUGCAUUUCGAAUGGGCGUACGGUGGCGUCAACGCUUCCGUACCCCGAAACACCGGGCCGGAAUGCGCCAGUUUCCUAUCACCCACUCGGAAACUGGUGGAAACCGUCGUGGUGAUUCCGGUGUGCAUUAUCGCAAUCAAAAUGGCCAUCAACCGGAUGAAACCGAUCACCUUUCGCCGGAACACGCCCUUCAUCUCGACCCCACAGCAUCACGGUAGUUCCUUGGGCUUUCGAAGCAGUAGUAUUAGCCACCUGGCCAAUGCCAGCAAUCACAAUCUGCAGCAUCACUACCAACGGAUCGGAGGCAGUGGGCACCUCCUGGAACCGGAUCAUCGGGAACUGUUGCUACAGCAAACGCACCACCGGCGAUCGUCCUCGGUGGAGUACUGUAGCUGCCAUCGGUGUAGCAGUGCGGCCCACAAUCCCACGACCAGCUCGGCCCUCGAGGGGGAAGCUCCCAGUUGGGCCAAGCAGCUGCUGCUGGUCACGAUGACACUGACGCUGGGCGUCGAACUAGGCUUUAAAUUCGCAACUAGGACUGUUAUCUACAUUUUAAAUCCUUGCCACAUUACCACGAUAAUUCAGAUUUACCUGCUGGCGUGUAACAAACCAAAGAAGAGCACAACCGCAUUGUUCCGGUUGCAGAUGAAUGUUCUGAAUGGACCUUUCCUAGCGUUCAUGUUUCCGGAAACGGACAGUCGUCAGCUUCCAUUGGAGGCAUCCAUCUACUGGAUCCAGCACGCGCUGAUGUGCAUCAUUCCGGUUUACCUCUUGCGAAUCGGCGGAGUGUACAACAUGGAGGCACUGAACGAUUUUACGUGGAACGUUAUCGGAUACGCCAUAAUCAUCCUGUAUCACUACAUUGUGCUGCAGAUAGUUGCCAUUCCCACGCAAGUAAACCUGAACCACAUGCUCUGCGCAGCAAUCAAGGACCCGUUCGAUGGGCCCAACUACCGCGCCGCGGCCGUAGUCCACGAGGCCAUCCUGUGCACCCUGCUCUGCAAGCUGGUAACAUUCCUGUUCAGCCCUCUUCCUCCGCCCAUCAUCACCAAUCCACCGUUCAUCAAAAACGGAGGCUCAGCCAGUGCGGAACCAUCCCUGGCCGGUGGUACCCCAUCGCCUUUGGCCGCUUCGUCUGCCCCGCCGGGAGUCUCCACCCAUCACUACAUCCACUCCCGGCCGUCGUCUCGGCCCUCAUCGCGAUCUUCGUCGCCAGCCAAAACCGUUUCCAUGCUGCAGGAGAACAACAUCAUCAUCAAGACCAGCAAGAUUGACUAGUGGUCAUCGGAUGUGCCAUCGCAGGCAGGAUUCGACCGAAGCUGGACCACGAUCAGCGGUGGCAGCUGAAUCGGCUCCCAGUGUAGAUACAUUUCAUCUGACUUGGCACAUAGCUACGUUCAAUUGUUUGAUCUCCGAUACCAUUCCACUCGGAAGAUUUUUUUUUGGGACAGGUCCAAGAACUGAAACCACACACCCGUACACAUCAUAGUCUUGUGAAUUCUUAGAAAUACUAUCCUGUAAUCACAACCACAUCAAUCCAAUAACCACGUUUUUCCACCUCCUUUUCAUCUGUUUAUGGGUGUGGAUGCGACAAUCGCGUCCAUCACCCACUGCUAAAGGCAAAACGCUUCAGAUGAUAAUACCAACAAUGUAACUUAUAAGGUUAAGAAUGUAUGCGGCCGCUGAGUAACAGCAUACAGAAGAAACAAAAAACACACUGUUGAAUGCCUUUUUAUUGUAAAUAGCAAGUUUAAAAUUGAAGCAGAACAAAAACUCAAUUGAUCUGGAUAAACAAGUAGAGUUAGAGUAGCUUUUAAAUAAUUCACAAAAGUGUGGUAGAAGGAAACGGAACGAGCAAGUCGAUGGAAG